AUGUUCGCCGCCGCAGCCUCUCCGCCUCCGCCUUCAACCGCCUCAACGCGUAACUUCCGCCAUCCGCCGCCAAGCCGCGAUCUAGACCUCCUCCUCCUCCUGAUCGGCGCCGCCCUCGCCGCCCUCUCCGCCGCAGUGAUCUACAUCGUCCUCCAAUACCGAUCGCCGAUCUACACGGUGACCGAAUUCGCCGCACGCGGAAUGAAUCUGACCUCCCCCGCGCCGAUCUCGCCGCAAUUUGACGUCACCGUCGGAGUCCUAAACCCUAACCGCAAAAUCGGAAUCCACUAUUUGAAGGAGAGCUUCGUGAAAGUCUACUGCGGCGGGGAGAUCCUCGGCCUCGGCGUCUUGCCGCACUUCUACCAGCCGGGGGAGAGCGCGACGUCGGUGAGGGCGACGGCGGGGAGCUUCGCCGUCCUCCUCGACGGCGCCGUUAAAACGGAGUUGAGCAGUGCGCAGAGGUGCGGGAGAGUGCCGUUAGUUUUGACGGUGGAAGCGCCCGUUAAGUUUAAAUGGUUCGUUAAUACGCGGGAAUUCACAGCCAAGGCGAAGUGCGACGUCGUUUUGGACGAGUUGAGUGAUAAAGCGCAAAUUGUUUCUCAGCGUUGUGAUACAGACCUACACUUUCCAGCAUAG